UUAUUUUUUUAUUAACAAAUUGCAAAACAGUAAAUAAUUUUUCUUUUUGCUUAUACCAAGAAAGAGUUGUGGUCUAAUAUGUACGUUCACUUCGUUUGAAAAAAGACAUAAAUUCCAGCAGUCAACCGCUGACGGUGUUGAUGAAACGACAACGAUUGGCUUUCGCUGCUCAUAAGCAAACAAUUUGUAGAAAUAAUAACGAUAAAAAGAUAAAAACUUGCGGCUGUAUGUGAUGUGAAUGUUGUUACAUUUGCAACGUGGAUAUUUUUAUUGAUUGUUUUGUUUGUUAAAUCUUUUACGCGGCAACGAAAGUGCAAAAAUGAUGGAGGAGACAUAUCUCUUUGAUCCUAAUAUAUUAUUGAAAUUGGAUUUCCAUCAAAGUCCUGCCAAGUUUAAUCCUUUCAUUUCGGCUGCAUGCCCCGGUGAAACCUGGCUGAAAGUCAGACCCUUAAAGGAUAGCGACUAUGAUCGCGGUUUCUUGCAAUUGCUCUCCCAAUUAACUCAUGUGGGUUCAGUUUCAAGGACACAAUUCUUAACUCGCUUCUCUCAAAUGAAGGCCAGUGGUGAUUACUUUGUGACCGUAAUCGAGGAUACACGUAAAAAUGAAAUUAUUGGUGCUGCUACGCUAGUCAUUGAACGGAAAUUCAUACACAAUUGUGCUAUUCGUGGUCGCCUGGAAGAUGUUGUGGUCAAUGACACUUAUCGCGGCAAACAAUUGGGAAAACUCAUUGUGGUGACCGUCUCUUUAUUGGCUCAAUAUUUGGGUUGUUAUAAAAUGUCUCUGGAUUGCAAGGAUAAGCUGAUUAAAUUCUAUGAAUCCUUGGGCUAUGUACUUAUACCGGGCAAUUCCAACUCCAUGACCAUACGUUACGAUGAAUCUCCAAUGGUUAAAAACAAUUUGACAGCCUUUAAGAGAAUAACUCCCUUGGCCAAUACACCAACGGCUGUUAAUGUGACUGAGGGUGUGGUCGGUGAUGCUUGCCAAACAAAACACAAACACCUUUGUCAAAUCUCUGAAAUGUUGGUUUGCAUUUUUUUCCUUAUUCUCUCUUUUAAUGCCAUCCGAAGGUUUGCAUACUCCCAUUUAAGAGUACAUUUAUCAACUGAUAAAAAAGAAACUAUUUACAAACACAUGCAUAUUUAUCUAUAUAUUGAUGAUGUAUAAAAAACUAUUUUGAUUUUGUUUAUAUAUAUAUUUCUUUUCUUAAAUUU